AGGAGCGGGGGCUCGGGUGGAGCAGGGCUGGUGGGUGUGCGGGGCCGGGGGUGGACGGGCUGAGCAGCUGGGUGGGCUCAGGGGGCGGCUGGGACCCCCCUCCCCCGUUCUCCCUCGGACGGGCUGGCCCGGGCUAGAGCAGUGAGGGCCCGGGGCUGCUGGUCUAAGCCGGGGAGCAGAGGAGUUGCCCCUGAAGCCCCCCCCGCAGCCCCCCCUUUCAACUCCCGCCUGGCGUGUGUGUGCGAGUUGGCCGGCUACUCGCUUCUGCAGGACCCCAGCAGGGUCCCUGGGCCCUUCCCCGCCGCACCCCGGCAGGAGUCUCCAUCUCACGCUGGCCAGGGCAAGCGGGAGCCACGGUUGCCUGAGGAGUCGGCAGCAGGAAACCUGGGAAAAGGAGGAAGAAGGCCGAAGGGUCUGAGAUGGAGGAGCCGCUCUGCUGCUGCGAGUACAUUGACCGGAGGGGGGAGAAGAACCAUGUGGUGGCCUGUUGCUGUGACUGCGAGGACCUCGAUGAGGGCUGUGAAAGGUGGCUGACGUGUAGAUCUUUGCCCCCGGGGACUUUAGAGAGAAUUGCAGACACCAUCUUGGAUCACUUCCGCAUCCCCUGGCUUAAGGGGGCCAUAAAGAUCAAUAUCAGCCUGCUCCCACCACUCGUCCUGCUGCCAGUCUUCCUCCACGUAGCGGCUCUGCACUUCCUGUUGACACUUGUUAUCCUGACAUCUCUUCCUGUGGUGGUGCUGUGGUACUACUACCUCACACACAGAAGGAAGGGACGGACUCUCUUCUUUUUGAGCCUGGGGCUGUUCUCUCUGGGGUACAUGUAUUAUGUGUUCCUCCGGGAAGUGGUUCCCCGAGGCCAUGUGGGGCACACUCAGGUGGUUAUUCUCACCUGUGGGCUAAUUCUCAUGCUUGUGGCCCUGUCUCAAGCCAAGAGAGACCCUGGCUACCUUGCCAGCCAAAUGAGCAAUGACAACUCACCAUGCCAAGGCAGCAAUGACUUGCCAAACAGGAAAAUCCUGGGGAGUUCCAAUGGGCUUCAUGGAGCAGCUGUGUCUGGCAUUGCCAGCUGUCAUGCUAAGAACGAUGAUGCCAAGGGCUAUUCCAGAACGUUGGCCGAGGCACUAGACAGAGCAAAGGAGGACUGGUGCACCAAAUGUCAGCUGAUGAGGCCACCUCGGGCUGGACAUUGCCGGUUGUGUGGCAUAUGUGUAAGGAGACUGGACCAUCACUGUGUCUGGAUUAACAGCUGUGUAGGGGAGCGGAACCACCGAGCCUUUAUCCUUGUGCUAUCACUCUUCCUGCUCACCUCCGUUUAUGGAAUUACACUGACCCUGGACACCAUCUGUAGGGGCCAAAAUAUGUUCAUAGCGCUGUUCUACUGCCCAGGGAUCUAUGCAGACUACAGCUCUGCUCUGUCAUUCACGUGUGUGUGGUACUGUGCCAUUGUAACGGCCGGGAUGGGCUACAUCCUCCUCAUCCAGCUAUUGAACAUCAGCUACAACGUGACCGAAAGGGAAGCUCGGCUGGCUCUGCGGGAGGACACCGGGCGCAGGCUUCUGGGCGGGAUUGUGGUAGACACGGGCAAGUAUAAUCAGGGCUUCCUGUACAACUGGGGCCAGUUCUUGACCCUGGGGUCACCCACUCCUCAGCACUCUGCUGAAGACAUUGUGUGAAAUCCCUUUCCCACUGAUUGCAGUGACAUUCUGUGGAGGUGAAUGGCUCCUUCCACAGGGAUCCCACUGCCAUUCCCUACGGACUUGGAGGCUAUGCCCAUCUCAUCGUCGGUGUCUGAAGAGGCAUUAAGGACAGAUGGCUCUCGUACACCAGAGGCCAAAAGUAGGGUGCAGAAUGAAUUAAGCCAUAUGCACCAACCGGGAGAGACGAAAUCACACUCCUCCCCCACCUGCCUCCACACAAAGAAAUUAUGCACAGUUCAGGAAGAUUAACAGCACAAGACUUUGAGAACAUGGAUGCUCCAUGUCUGGAUUUCAGAGCCAAGAUAAUCAAAUGCCAGGCUUCAGGCCUCAGCUGGGCACUGCAGGGUUCAGGACAGACUCUCCUCACUUACCCACUUGCAGCAUUUCACAAAUGAUGUGAUGCCUUGUGCUGAUGAAGCGAACUAUAAUGUGUACUAAGAGCAAGCCAUUCCAAGAGACAGGAUCGCAAUCAUAAUGGACCAAGGGGAAGAUAUUUAAAAGGGGCUUUGUCUUGUGGUAGCUUUAAGAACCAACUAGGACUUCUCUUCUCUCUUGUGGGCAUAUUUUUCAAUCUUCCAUUUCAUCCUAUCCAUAAAGCUGCAUCAGCUGUUAGUGCUUCUCUUAAGUGCCUUUGUGAGCAGUACAUCUAUAGGGCUGUUUGAGGUCCAGUCCUCUCUUAGCCGCCCCCAAAGGGGCUAUUCCAUCUGUGUGUGAGGGGAGGACUGAUCCCUCCUGUGCCAGUGAUUUCUUCCCUCUGCUUCUCUGAGUUGAUCCAAGAGCUUGACUCCCUUGAAAUAUUUUUGUUCCAUUAGCAAUUGCUAGCUGGUAAAUAUUUUUCAAUAAGAAAGCUGUAAGUUCCCAAGUAGCUGUUACUUAUUCUGGGGCAGUGGCCCAGGUGGGAAGUAAAUAGACCCUUGUCUGCUGCUGCUAUUGGCUUGUGAUUCCCCCUUCCCUGUGAUGAGAAAGGAAUAAUAGUACUCCUGGGAGAUGGCGUACAGUUGCCCAGAUCCCUGUCCCCCUAUCAUUGAGAAUGUGCUCUACCCCCAAUAGAUCUGUUUCUCAAAGGAACUGGAAAGGCAAGAUUUAACUCGGAGAUCUGGGGAUGAGAGGAGGGUUUGUUGGGCCUCACAGAAGACUGCUAAAUGAAAAUGUUGGUUGCAAUGUUUUAUAGUCAGGAUAUUAGAGAGACAAGAUGAGCUGGGUAAUAUCUUUUAUUGGACCAUCUUCUCUUUGAUAAGAGAGAGAGAGGCUUUCAGGCUCGUGUGAUCUGAAGAAGAGCUCUGUGUAAGCUCAAAACCUUGUCUCUUUCACCAACAGAAGUUGAUCCAAUGAAAAAUAUUACCUCCCCCACCGUGUUUCUCAAGUGAAAUGGUUGGCGGGGGUUACGGCGGCGUUGCUAGAGGCCCGUGAGGACUAAGUACACCUGCCUCUCAACCACAUCUACCUGGGCUCCACAUUUAGCUGAAAUCACAAGGGAUGUCAUUUGGCAGAUCUUAUAUCAAGCCCUGUUUGUGCACGUUGUAAACACCACUGUAAUUUGAUAUGCCUGGCUAGAUAAACCCUGGGCUCAGAAAGCACUGGAGUAUUGUAGAUCCAGACUGAGAUGCACAGGCAGAGAUGGGAGGAAUCUCACUCUAAUUAUUAAUAUGCGUCUACUCCACAAAAACAACAAUCAGUGAGUAGUCCCCUUGGUGGCAGACCGACCAAGGACUGAUUGGAGACUUGAACUCCCCUCUCCUUGCUUAGAGGUCAUCUCUUUAGGGUAGGGUUGAUAGUAUAUUACCAAAGAGUGUGUGUGGGGUGGGGGAGGAAAGAGCAAGAAGGCAAGCUUCCCCUCCCUGUCUUACUGUACAUUCAGCCCCCAAUCUGCUGGUCUGGAACCUUUCACCAUCACCACUCAUGAUACAAUGCCCAAGUUCAAGUCAAUAUGCCCCUCUUUGCACUGUUCUGUUGCUUGCUAAAGUGGUAUAUGCAACUUCUGUGUCCUAUAGCAUAAUUAAUGAGCCUUAGGAACUGCUGUGCUUGGAGCCCAGCCACAUGGAAAGAGCUGCUGACUUGUGCAGUCCCCUUUUUGUGAUCACUUUAAAAGGGAGAAACCUCUGUUUCCAGUCAGAGGGAAGGAAAGAAGAAAAUCAAGAGAUGUGGAGACCUCUGGCCCUUUAUUAUCCCCAUUUCAAUGAGAAAAGUCAUAUGGAUCACAAUGCUUGUCCACUGGCAUGAUGAUGUUGAUCUCACUUCUCUUGGGACUGGAGUUAUGCUCACAUCAAGAGCUUGCCUUAAUGCUACUUAACUGCAAAUGUGUCUGUAGCAGAAAUACAUUUAGUGGGGCCGUGGGGAGCCUAGAUGGAAGAGUUCUGCCUCAUACAGUGAUCUCUCACAAACCUCUGUUGGGAACUUGGAAAGGUUGAGAUAAUGUUGCCUUCUGGGCAGAAAAAAGCCACUAGAGGGCAUGUGGUGUAGAGCACAGAACUAGGAGCUAGGACCUUGGGCAAGUCACCUAACCUCUCCAUGCUUGUUAACCCCUCUGUGAAGUGGGAAUAAAACUCUGAACUAGUGUGUUUACCAGUGCCAUCGAGUGGGUGGAAUUGGAGUUGCUCAACUGUGUGUCAGGCCCAAACAGCUUCAAGUGGUUAGAGGCCUGUUUUUGCUGCAAGAGGAUCUGAAUUCUAUUCCUACUGCAUGGGAAGUUCUAAGUGGCCAUAGAAUGCACUCUGGUGGCAAAUGCACUGUCUUAAAUGGCCACCUUCUUGUUUACAGUCCUAGCCGUCCUGAGAGAGGAUUACCUCAUGAAUGUCUUUGGAGAGGGAAAGCACAAUGUUGACUUUUUGCUCUGUUUAUACAGUGCCUAGCACAAUGGGGUUCUGGUCUAUGACUGGGGCUCCUAGGCACUAUAGUGAUAUAAACACUAAUAUCGGGUUCUGUCCUUUUCAUGGUAAGAGCUUCAGAUUUACUCUGUUUUGGGGUUUGGAACUUCCUUUGAGUACCCACAGUGCAGCAGAAAGUCCAAGAAGGGCAAUGCCCCCCUUUUCAUUUCUAUUGAGGGUGGAUUAUCUCACAUUCUUUGUUUUAACCUUGUGUCAUUGGACUAAGGAUGACUUGCAGCCAAAUGUUAAAAUCCACCACAGUAGUGGACAUAAAGAGAGAAUCUUGGGGUUGUGAAAAAGAGAUAGAGAUGCAGUUCGUGCAAUAAAGCAAGGCAGGCUGGUGAGGGAUAGCCACAUGAAUAAUAUGAUAGAUGGGGAGCACACUGUAUUUGACAGAUGGGCUGCAGGUUGGGCACCCAGCUGGGUCCAACAGGUGCUUAAAUCUAAGCUCCUUGGGGCAGGGAGCAGUCACUUGUCCGUAAAUUGUCAUGCAUACUCAUAACAAUCACAAAAUCAUUACCAUUCUGGCCUUUUAAAGGCUCUCCUGAGCUGCAGAAUAGGAGUGUCUAGAGCUGGUAAAAGUCUGGGGACUCUAGCAAAUUUUUAAAUUGUUUUUCCUGGUUUUCUGCCUCAACAUUUUGAAAUGUAAAAAGAUUUAUCCCUUUUUGGCAGCAUCCUUCUUAAGAGACUUUCAGUGCUAUUGAGUUGGAUUCACUUUACACACCAGGAAGAAUUUUAAAGGGGUAGGACUGUCAUAAUACUACUAAAAUUGCACAGAUACUAGUGUCCUGGUUGGUGAAUUUAGUGAAAGCUGUUGCAGUUAGAUGCAUGGUACUAGCGAUAACUUGGCAUUCUGCCGUAACUGCCUCUUCUCAAUUUUGCAUUUGUGUUCUGGUAGACGAGUGACUUUUUUGAAGACCAUUUCUUGACUUUCAUCUUUACCCAAAUGACUGAAGUCACUGCUGACCAAGAAAUGUCAGAUUCCAAUCAUAUUUCAGACUCCAAUGCUGUAAUGGUGCUUUUCCUUUCAAAAUAGACUGCUUCAAGUGUCUUAAAAAAAUCAUGUGCUGUAAAAUUUCUUCUCUAGACAAAUGAAUUCUGCCUAGUGUCUUAAUAAUCACAUGCUCUAUGACUUCCUUCUUUGUAUAAAUGCAUAUUUCCUCAUUAGAGCAGGAUGUGUGUUUGAUUAUGGAUCUACUAUCUCUACUAUGUUUUCAAUGGAGGCAUCUGCUCCCUAGGAUUUUCUUCCACUGCAAGGAUG